AUGGUCGCGCUGAGCGCUGCGCAGGGCUUCGCACAGGUCACCGGCGUACCCGCGCUCGUCAUCGUCCACGUUGAUUGCGGCACUCAGGCUCUGGCAGGCGCGGUGCACAAUGUCGACAGAGGCCGCACGCCGGUGCUCAUCUUCGCGGGCAUGUCGCCUUUCUCUGGCCAGGGCGAGCUGAAAGGCUCUAAGAACGAGUGGCCGAUGUGGCCUCAGGACAUACCCGACCAGGCUGCGAUUGUGCGG